GACGAGUGUCUGUUGUGCUGUGCUGGAAUAUGGCUGAGUAGGCACAGAGGGGUUUAGUUGGGAGGAGAGGGACGGUUUCGAGUCUGGACGGGAAUGAUCCCCACUAAAGCACAAGAGGAAACCGAGAAGAAACGCCAUUUAUCGGGGAGAUGUCAACGCAUGUGUUUUUGGGUUUUGUCUUUUGACUGGGAGUCCUGGACAGGAUUUUCAAUUUUCGAGGGCGACUGACAAAAACCAGCUCAUCCACGCUGUCAGAUUGGAAGCAACCUUUUCAGUUCUCUUGCAAGUCAGAACUGUUCUGGUUCGGAGGCACACCGGAUUAUGUCAGUCAAGCUGUCCCUUUGUUCUAUAGUCUGGUUGAACCAGGGCUUUAAACUGAGGGGAGUGCUUUUGAUCAUGGACCUUGGGCACCACUGAACAGCUGAGGACAGCACCAGCAGCAUGAUGCUUACUUUAGGUUGAUUUUGUCAGGACUAUAAACACUUGUAUUUACAGACACAUCAGAAUGGCUGAAGCUUUUCAGUACCGUGCGCUCUAUGAGUACAACAAGGACCGUGAAGAAGACAUCGAUCUAAUGCCGGGAGACAUUCUGACCGUUAAGCAGGCGUCCCUGCGUGCUCUAGGCUGCACAGAGGGGGACGAGCAGCAUCCAGGGCACAUUGGAUGGAUUGUGGGACUCAACGAGCGCACCAAACAGAAAGGAGAUUUCCCAGGGACCUACGUGGAGUAUCUGGCUCCAGUCGUGGCUCCGGCCCCCAACAAACCACGGCUGCAAAGACCCCUCCCCGCAGCCCCAGGGACUGGCCCUCUGCACCCAGACUCCACCUCCGAGUUGCAAGGUAGGAUUGCUGGCCCCCUGCACCCAAACUGGAUCUCAGCGUUGCAAGUCUCCUCUCUACUUGACCUGACAGAGCAGUUUGCUCCCCCAGAUAAUGCCCCCCCCAUUCUAGUCAAACUGAUCGAAGCCAUUGAGAAGAAAGGUUUGGACAGUGAGACUCUGUACAGGACACCUGGCUCCCUCGCUGGCUCUGAAAACACACAGUCCCUGAGAACCGACCUGACUGUGCUGGACCUGGAGCAGUGUGAUGUCCUCGCUGUGUCGGAGGCUCUGAGAUCUUACCUGCAGGACCUGCCCUCCCCAGUGAUUCCCAGCUCUGUCUACACUGAGUUGCAGAGCGCUCUGCAAAGCAACGUAGAAGCGUCUCCCAAGGAAAGCUACACACGGCUGCUGAGCAUUCUCGAGUCUCCUCCGGUCCCUCUCCAGAACUCCCUCACACUCCAAUACCUGCUGCGGCACUUCUCAAAACUGGGACAGCGCUGGGAGCAGAGUCCACGAUCGUUGGGAGAGCUUUUCGGACCCCUGCUCGUCAGGCUUCCAAACGCAGGCUGCGAUGUGAGUCUGGAUCUUCCUGUGCUCAUCCUGGAGAAGCUGCUUUUGAACAGGACCCUGGAGCCCGAACAAGUGCCUCCAGCUCUUCCUCCGAAACCACCCAAGCCCAAGGCUGCCCCAAAUAGCCUGGCCAAUGGAAACAGCAUGUCUCUGAGCGAUGCUGAGUGGUACUGGGGAGAGAUCUCAAGAGAGGAGGUGAACGAAAAGAUGAGGGACACACUGGAUGGGACGUUCCUGGUGCGAGACGCGUCCAGUAAAAUUCAGGGAGAGUACACUCUGACCCUCAGGAAAGGAGGCAACAACAAGCUGAUAAAGAUUUUCCAUCGGGACAACAAGUACGGUUUCUCGGAGCCCCUGAGCUUCCUGUCUGUGGUGGAGUUAAUCAAUCACUACCGGCACGAGUCCCUGGCACAGUACAACGCUAAACUGGACACCCGACUGCUGUGCCCUGUCUCCAAGUACCAGCAGGAUCAGGUGGUGAAAGAGGACAGCAUUGAAGCCGUGGGAGAGCAGCUCAAAGUGUACCACCAGCAGUACCAGGAGAAGAGCAAGGAGUACGACAUUCUGUAUGAGGAGUACACCCGUACUUCCCAGGAGCUGCAGAUGAAAAGAACAGCGAUCGAAGCAUUCAAUGAAACCAUCAAGAUCUUCGAAGAGCAGUGUCAGACCCAGGAGAGGUACAGCAAGGAGUACAUUGAGAAGUUCAGACGUGAGGGCAACGAUAAGGAGAUCCAGAGGAUCCUGAGUAACUCGGAGAAGCUGAAGUCUCGUGUCACUGAGAUCCACGACAGCAAGAUGAAGCUGGAGCUGGAUCUGAAGAAACAGGCAGCCGAAAACCGUGAGAUCGAUAAGAGAAUGAACAGCCUGAAACCAGACCUGAUGCAGCUGCGCAAAAUCAGAGACCAGUACCUAGUCUGGCUGACUCAGAAAGGCACCAGGCAGAGGAAGAUCAAUGAAUGGUUGGGGAUCAAGAAUGAAGCUGAGGACCUCUAUUCCAUGAUGGAUGAAGAGGAGGACCUGCCACACCAUGCUGAGCACACCUGGUACGUGGGGAAGAUGAACCGCGUCCACGCGGAGGAGCUGCUGAGUGGCAAGCGGGAUGGGACCUUCCUCAUCCGCGAGAGCAGUCAGAAGGGCUCCUAUGCUUGUUCUGUCGUUGUGGAUGGAGAUAUCAAACACUGCAUGAUCAACAAGACAAUCACUGGCUAUGGAUUUGCAGAGCCCUACAACCUGUACUCCUCCUUGAAAGAGCUGGUCCUGCAUUACAAGCACACUUCUCUGGUCCAGCACAACGAUUCUCUGAAUGUAACGCUCGCCUGCCCCGUCCUGUCACAGCAGGCCAGAUGAGGACCCGACUCCAGCAAUUAUAGCAGACAGGGUGCUUUACAAAUAUCCUUUCCAGCCCCCAAGAAAGCAGGAGUGAUGUACCGGAAAUAAACAUCACAAUGAAGCAACACUGGCGCUUUUAUUAAAUGUUUUUAUUGUCACUGCACACCCCGUAACAGAUUUUUAGAAAUUCAAGAACAGCAGUCUGUACCGUUUAAAAUGAGGGGCUGGUUGCACCAAAUGUGCCCGUUAGAAGAUUCAGAAUUGGAGACUCAAAACGAGCAACGAGCGUGGCGUAGCAGUGUAUCUGCCGAUCGGUGAUGGAAAGGGAGAAAUGUGUAGGGUUGAAAGCCCAUAGUAGAUAUUACCUGCUUUCUUCCUCCAGUAUUUUCAAAGCUGCUUGGGAAUUUUAGAAAUGAGCGUUUUCUCAUAAACCAGUUCCUGAUGCAGAAGCUUCAUUUUGAGAUCUUCACAUUAACAAGAUUUGCGGAUAUUUGACACCUGAUGGCGGCAAAGCCUUUUUUUUUGUUUUGCAAAAAUCUGUUAAUUUUAAGACAAUACUAUAUACCUGUGUGUGUGUGUGUGUGUGUGUGUAUAAUACGCUGUUGUAACCCAGGAGAAUGGAUUGGACUCCCCAGUCCUUUAGGAAUUCUGCAGACUUUGCCGCUCUCCAUGGCAGUACAAAGCGUGGGUGGACGUCAGUUAGGCAAAUAAUCUUUGGAUUAAAAUUCACUGCUUACGUGAUUUAGAUGCCGUUUGUUUUCCAUUGGCUGCUGAAUCACAUCUUGAAAGAGAUUUCGUGGGUAUAUGUGCAACACGGAUUUUAAAAGAAAAAACUUUAAUGAACAAGGAGUAAUUAAUAAGAUAAAUAUGCAAAACAAAUGACUAGGUUUAAAACUUGAACAUUUAUAGAUGUACCCUGUGAAACAAACUUAUAUAAACUUAUAUAUAUAAAACACAGACACAUUAGGGAUGGGACGAAUGCAGCAGUUGUGAAUAAUUUUCUUUUAAGGUCUUACUGAACCAACACAUUUCAACUGAAAGCCAGUUAAACUUUUAAAUCACACAGUUAGGUUGUGCUAUGUGUGUGUAA